AUGCCGCGCCCCUCGGACCCCCGCGUGGAGUCGAGGGCGAGGGACAGGUGCAAGCGCAACGUUGCUAUCGCACUGAGGGCUGAGAAGAUGAGGAAGGAGAACAAGGAGAAGAAGAAUAAGAAGAGGUUUAGCAGGUGGGAGGAAGCAGACGAGCUGGUCCAGCGCGGGAUCAUGUCGAAGCGUCAGGAGAAGAAAAAGUUCGCGGAGGACGACGUCCGCAGGCGCUCGGGUUCUGGGCGCCCGGGCGCCCGGGCGCUGGCGGGCGUCCGGGCGCUCGGGUUCCUGGGCGCUCGGGCGCCCGGGCGCCCGGGCGCCCGGGCGUCCGGGCGCCCGGGCGUCCGGGUCAAGGGGCUCAUCCAAGACAUGAUCAAGAAGCUGGAGAACGAGGCCAACGCGGCCGCGACCGAAAAGGCCUACUGCGACGAGCAGAUGGCGAAGACGGAGGCGAAGAAGUCCGAGCUCGAGGACGACGUCGCCAAGCUGACCGCGAAGAUCGACACCAAGAGCGCGAAGUCGGCGGAGCUGAAGGGCGACGUGAAGGAGCUGCAGGAGGAGCUUGCCGCCCUGGCCAGGGAGAAGGCCGAGAUGGAUAAGGUCCGGGAGGCGAUGCACGCCGCGUUCGUGUCCGCCCAGGCCGACCUGAAACUCGGGCUGCAGGGGCUGAGCAAGGGUCUCAGCAAGCUGCGCAAGUACUACCAGGGAGAGGACGCAGCCCUGUUGCAGACAGAUGAUGACCAGCCUGCCAAGCCGGUGUUCCACAAGAAGUCAUCUGGCGCCGGGGGCAGCAUCAUCGAUAUCUUGGAGGUCUGCCAGUCCGACUUCGCGAAGGAGCUCGCGACCAUCGAGCAGGAGGAGGCCGACCAGGCGGAGGCCUACGAGAAGAGGGCGCAGGAGAUCGCGGAGGCGACCGCCCUGAAGGGCAAGGACGUCCAGUACAAGACGCAGGAGUUCAAGGGCCUCGACACGGAGGUCGACGAGCUGUCCAACGACCGCGGCUCCACCGACGAGGAGCUGUCGGCCGUGCUGGAGUACUUCGCCAAGGUCAAGGAGCGCUGCAUCGCCAAGCCGGAGAGCUACGAGGAGCGGAAGGCGCGCCGCGCGGCCGAGAUCAGCGGCCUCGAGACAUCGGAGGUCUGA